AUGUGCAGGCAUCGUUCUCAGCGGUUUACGUGCAUCAGCUCACUCAAAGGCAUCGCGGCCCUGGGAAGUAGGUGCCCUUCACAUCCCCCUUCUGCAGAAGCCUGCCAAGGUCAGGCAGCCGGCGAGGGAUGGGGCCAGAGCCGACCACGCGCGCGGUGGGCCACAGCGGGCGCCUUGCGCCCGCCCACCUCGCCAGGGAAGGGGACCCCGGGAAUCCGGUGCCUGCAGCCACGCGAGGACGGCUGUGGGCAGGGGGCGCGAAGGGGCAGGCUGCGCCGGGCAUCCCCUGCGCGCGGAAGCGCAGUCCUUAGCAGGAACGUUCUGGAACUCCCCUGCGCAACCAUGGGCGGGGAAAGCCCAGGUCCGGCUGAGACCCCACCCGUAGCUGGAACAUUGGCGGCAGGGUCGGAGGCGGAGUGCGGCCCGCGCUGGCCCCUCCUGGCGGAACCCCCGGCGCCGCCCCCGCGCAGCGGCUGUGGGGCCAGGGGUCCCGGCGGGGGUGGCGCGCCUGGGGGAGAAGGACUGUCGAGGGGGCGCGGCGCGGCCGCCUUGAGGAGGGAGCUGGGCGGGGCGCGCAGGAGGCGGGGCGCGCUGAGGGGGGCGUGGCGGGCCGUCUGCGCAGCUGCCAGAGCCUUAAAGCCCGGGCUCGCUCGGCCGGAGCGUGCUUUCGCCGCCCGGGAGCCUUCCGGCCCAGCUGUCCGUCCGGCCCUCGCGGUCCCCGCCCCUCCUGCGUCCCGGGAGCCGGCUCGCUCCGGAGCCGCCGCGGUGCGACCGGGCAUGCCCCGCUACGAGCUGGCUUUGAUCCUGAAAGCCAUGCAGCGGCCAGAGACUGCUGCUGCUUUGAAACGUACGCUAGAAGCCCUGAUGGACAGAGGGGCGAUAGUGAGAAACUUGGAAAAUCUGGGUGACCGAGCGCUGCCUUAUAAGAUUUCCGCCCACAGCCAGCAGCACAGUAGAGGAGGGUAUUUCUUGGUGGACUUUUACGCACCAGCCACAGCUGUCCAGAGCAUAAUGGAACAUUUGUCCCGAGACAUUGAUGUGAUUAGACCGAAUGUUGUAAAACACCCUCUGACCCAGGAAGUGAAAGAGUGUGAGGGGAUUGUCCCUGUCCCACUUGAAGAAAAACUGUAUUCCACAAAGAAGAGGAAGUGAGAAGAUUUACCACAUUUUAGCUUUGUAUUUAAUUCUCUCACUUUUGAGUGCCAUGGAUUAAAAAUUUACAAACUUGAUGCUUA